AUGGAAGGUCUAACGUCCAACUUACGUAUACGGUUAUAUUUCUACCUUAGAAUUCCUAGCCAACUUGAAGAGAUACCAACUCUGCCAGUCGACAUCCAAUUUUGUUCCAACACUACUGAGCCAUGCCAGACAGCCCUCUAUUGUGCGGCAGCUAAUAGCCAUUCUAUCACUGUCUCGCGACUUCUUCGAGAAAAUGGACUGCUGGUUAAUUGCCCCGAUAUCAUGAGUGGGUGGACACCCCUUGCAGUAGCUGUCUUGCAUGGGCACAGUGAUGUCAUUCAAUGCUUUCUCUCCGAUGGUCGCGCCGAUAUCAAUACGGUAGACAAACAUACUCGAACACCAUUAUUCCAUGCCGUGCAGCACGACAGGAGUCGUAUAGUCGAGAUUCUUCUUACCGAUACCAGGACUAAUGUCACUCACAGGGACUCCAAAGGCUGUACUCCACUCCUUGACGCUGCACGGAGAGGUUUUUAUUCUUCCAUGAACAUUCUUCUCAGACAUCCAGAUAUUGAGGUGAAUGUCUACGAUAGCUUUUCCUUAUCACCACUCUGGUACGCCGUUGGCUUCCGCAGUGUAGACACAGCGCAACAACUACUGAACAGAGGAGCUACAGCGCAUAUGAUGAAUGGGAGUCAUAGCUCACCGCUCCAGAGGGCAAUUUCGCUGCAGCAUAUGGCCAUGAUCAGGUUGCUUUUGGAACAUCCAGGCGUUCGAUGA